GUUGAACCUCAACCUCAACUCAACGAUAAGAAAAAUCCACUCAACUCCCUUUUAUUUCCUUGUCAACACACAUCUGACAUCUCUUCACUCUGUCUUCACACUCUCUGCUUUUUGCCGUAAGACAGAACCGAGAAGAGAAGAGUGUAAACAAUGGCAUCAGCUACAGCUUCCCACACUUUGUGCGGCAUCCCCGCCACCUCAUCCUCUACUACCAACAAGGCUAUUGCCCCUUCAUCUGCUCGCUUCCUCGCCAAAACUCCUCUCCGCCGCCUCGGCUUCGCUGGCGCCGCCGCUGAUUCUCUCUUCACCAACCACGUGGCUACCAAGCUCCGAUCCCUCAAGAGCUCCUCCAAGCCUAUUAGGGGCGUUGCUUCUAUGGCCAAGAAGAGCGUUGGAGACCUCACCGCUGCCGAGUUGAAGGGCAAGAAAGUCUUCGUCAGGGCCGAUUUGAAUGUCCCACUUGAUGAUAACCAGAACAUUACUGAUGACACUAGAAUUAGAGCUGCCGUCCCUACUAUCAAGCACUUGAUGGCCAAUGGUGCUAAAGUUAUUCUCUCCAGUCACCUGGGACGGCCAAAAGGAGUCACUCCUAAAUACAGCUUGGCACCACUGGUCCCCAGGCUAUCCGAACUGCUUGGAAUCCAGGUUGUGAAGGCUGAGGACUGCAUUGGUCCAGAAGUUGAGAAGUUGGUUGCUUCACUUCCCGAGGGUGGUGUUCUUCUUCUCGAGAACGUAAGAUUCUACAAGGAGGAAGAGAAGAACGAACCUGAGUUUGCAAAGAAACUUGCAUCAUUGGCAGAUCUUUACGUGAAUGAUGCAUUCGGUACAGCUCACAGAGCACAUGCCUCUACAGAGGGAGUUACUAAAUUUUUGAAGCCUUCUGUUGCAGGUUUCCUCUUACAAAAGGAAUUGGACUAUUUAGUCGGGGCGGUUUCAAAUCCAAAGAGGCCAUUUGCUGCUAUUGUGGGUGGUUCAAAGGUUUCAUCCAAGAUUGGAGUGAUCGAAUCACUUUUAGAGAAAUGUGAUAUAUUGCUUUUGGGUGGAGGAAUGAUCUUUACCUUCUACAAGGCUCAGGGUCUUUCAGUUGGUUCCUCCUUGGUUGAGGAAGACAAACUAGAACUCGCUACAUCACUCCUAGAGAAGGCCAAGGCGAAAGGAGUCAGUCUCUUGUUACCAUCUGAUGUUGUGAUUGCAGAUAAAUUUGCUCCUGAUGCAAACAGCAAGAUUGUGCCUGCAUCUGCUAUCCCAGACGGUUGGAUGGGGUUGGACAUUGGACCAGACUCUGUUAAGACUUUCAACGAUGCCUUGGAUACCACAAAAACAGUGAUCUGGAAUGGACCUAUGGGGGUGUUUGAAUUUGACAAGUUUGCUGUUGGAACAGAGGCAAUUGCAAAGAAGCUCGCGNAGAAGCUUGCAGACUUAAGUGGGAAAGGAGUGACGACUAUCAUUGGAGGUGGAGAUUCUGUUGCAGCUGUUGAGAAAGUUGGAGUUGCUAGCGUGAUGAGCCACAUAUCCACUGGUGGUGGUGCCAGUUUGGAGCUACUGGAAGGCAAGGUGCUCCCCGGUGUCAUUGCUCUUGAUGAAGCAGACGCCCCCGUUGCUGUGUAAAACAAUUUGUACUAAUUCUUUUUUCUCCGGGGUCAACAUAAUCAGUGGUAAUUUCCAGUUAGGAAGCAUUGAGUCGAUGUUGUAGAUUUGUCGGGUUAUAUUGUUAUAUAAUGUCCUUUUUUUAACCCAUAUUAUUUUUGUCUAAAUAAAGGGCGAGUAUAUCAGUUAUAGACAGCUAUCCUUUUGAUGUCUUUCAACAAACUC